CUUUUCUUGCUCAUACAGGAUGAGAAAAAUCAAGUAUUGACCUCCAAUAUCUGGCUUAACAUGCACUGGUUUGAUCAUUAUCUGCAGUGGAACCAAUCUGAGUACCCAGGUGUCAAAAACCUUCGCUUCACCACAGACCAAGUGUGGACACCAGACAUCCUGCUCUACAAUAGUGCAGAUGACAAGUUUGACUCCACCUUCAAAUCGAAUAUUGUAGUGAACUCCAGUGGCUACUGCAACUACCUGCCUCCAGGUAUCUUCACGAGCACUUGUAACGUGGAUGUACGCUGGUUUCCGUUUGACAUCCAGAAGUGCGAGCUUAAAUUCGGCUCGUGGACAUUUGACGGAUGGCUGCUGGAUCUCCAGAUGAAUGAGGCUGAUAUCUCUGGCUACAUGCCCAACGGAGAGUGGGAUCUUGUGGGUGUGCCGGGCACAAGAAACGAGCUGUACUAUGACUGCUGUAAGGAACCCUACCCAGAUGUGACAUUUGUGGUGACCAUCCGCAGACGGACGCUCUACUAUGCCUUAAACCUCCUCGUUCCCUGCGUCCUCCUUUCAUCAAUGACCUUGCUUAUCUUUCUACUGCCUGCCGACUCCGGAGAGAAGAUUUCACUAGGUAUUACUGUGCUACUCUCAUUAACAGUCUUCAUGUUAUUGGUGGCAGAAAUCAUGCCAGCAACCUCAGACUCCAUCCCGCUAAUAGGACAGUAUUUUGCCAGUAUAAUGAUCAUUGUUGGAAUGUCAGUUAUUGCGACAGUGGUUGUGCUCCAAUAUCACCAUCAUGACCCCAACGGAGGGAACAUGCCCAAAUGGGUUCAGAUAGUCCUGCUCCAGUGGGUGGCAUGGUUUUUGCGUAUGAAGCGUCCUGGUGAGAGUGAAGACCCUGAGCGUCCUCCUUGUGCCCCUCACUUAAGACGUUGCUCUUCAGGUUCCCAGAGCGGCAGCCUCCCAAACGCACCUGGUUCUACCUCUGCAGACCUGCACCACCACCACCACACAUCCUCUACGCUACACCCGCUUCAUCCCCAAAGCCUCUUUCAAGCCGCGGCGGCCGCUGGCCACACCCACCAUCUUCACAAUCAGACCAACAGUGCCAACAUCAAUGGCAACCUGCUUUACAUCGGGUUCUCCAGUCUCGACGAAGCUUCGCCACCAUCCUUGCUCGCCGAAUCUGUGCAAAGAAACAGCAUGUCGGGCGGCCCACGUCCUGCAGUGGUUUCACCUCCAGCAAUAGGAUCCAGCCCACCACCUCACCUGCCCUCACAGUUCUGCAGCCCUCCACCGCCUCCCACUCCCAAUCUGGAGGCCACGGGUUGUCCGAGCACAGUGUCUGGCGGCGGCGGAGGCUGUUCUUGCUCGGGGACCAGUGGCGGAGGAGACCCACAGCUUCAGGCUAUUUUAGAAGAGGUGCGAUACGUUGCUGAUAGGUUCCGCGGACAGGAUGAGAACGACAGCAUGGCCGAACAGUGGAAGUUUGCUGCAGCCGUAAUCGACCGACUUUGUCUGGUGGCAUUCAGUGUUUUCAACAUCAUCUGCACCAUCUCCAUUCUUAUGUCAGCACCUAACUUUGUGGAGGCAGUUUCCAAGGACUUCAUCUGAUUGCUUUGUUGUAA